AUGGCCUUCAUCGCACGAGUUCUCCUUGCCUUCGUCCUUGCAGCUGUCACUGCCAAUGCCGCAGUGGACAAAGCUCAAGGCGUUGCUAUCGGUCACUCCAAAGACGCCGCCCAGGCUUGCUUUGGAGAUGCCACACCGUUCCUCUUGCCUGGCGACCCCGACAAGACUGUCAACUGCUGUAUCGCUCCCUGGUCCGUGACUUGGUUCGACCAAAACGCUCAAAUCGGAGAGUGCUGCGCUCCUGGCCAAAGCUGGUCUGGCAACCAGACCACCCUCGUAGGAGGGUGUUGCGACAGAGGCCAAGGGUGGUCGCAAGAUAAAGCAUCUGGGCUCGGAGGAUGCUGCGCUCCGAGCUUGGUCUUCGUCGGUGACAAGGCCACGAAGACCGGCGGGUGUUGCACUGCCGGAAUGAUCUGGUUGAACGGCAAAUGUGCCCCGCCCCCACCGCGCCCAACGUGCAAGGACCUCGCCGAUCCCGUCUGCGGUGACGACGAUGAUCUCGGUAUUCAAUACGGCCACUGCUACAUCCUCAAAUUCGCCGACGGCACCCAGCUCGGUGCUGAUCACGCUGCACCGACCUACUCCAAGGAUGGAUUCUUCAAGGACAUCCCCUUCAAAGUUUGCCGUAGCACCACCGAUUGCGCGUUGGGAGAAGCAGUGCCUACGGAUGGUACAUUCCUUCUCCAGGACCAAAUGGGCCGACCUGAGGAUGCUACGGGAGCUGUUGGAUGGGUGGACAAUGGCGCUGGGGGCACACACAUCAAAUUCAACACCAACGGGGCUCAGGCUGGUGUCUUCAAGGGUGUCCCAGCAUGCUCCGGAGGGAAAUGUUUCAUCAGGUUGGGAGGUGGACCUACUGGCAAUGGCAGCAUUGGCCCUACGUGCCCAGUUCCCGAACACGGUCUCACAUUCUGGCCUAACCCGAAGGCGACGAUGUUGAUUAGCUUCACGGAGACUGCUUGUUCGGGUCCAGAUGCUCCAUUCGUCCCUCUCAACGCUGCGAACCCAGCUCAGGGACUUCUUAGUGCAUUCGGUGCCUCCCGCAGUCGCCCUGCUAUCGCAGUUUCGCAAAGGCCUGCAUCCUCCCUAGUCGCUUCCGCUGCUAGCGGUCGUGUCACUGCGACUGCUGCAACCGCCGCAAGGGCUUCUUCUGCAGCCCCCGUCAGAGCCACUGCUCCUUCCCGUGUCAACGCACGGGCUUGA